CGCGGCCAUUUUGGAACAGGGCAAGGAGAGAAAGCGGCCCAGAAAUAGGGGGCGGGGGGCGUCGUCUUGGGCACAAUUGCGCAGGGGCAAAGGUCGAGCGGUCCCGCUGCCGCAGUUUUUGAAGACAUGAUCCAAUUCUGAUUAUGGACUCGCAGCCAUCGAACCUUAGUUUCCAUCCCCUCUAGUGAAGACUCUAGUGACUUCCCUCGGGCCCGGGCCGAGGAGGCAUUCUCGGGCGCGGGAGGUUACGCAGACCCAAGCCCGGCCAGGGGAGGCGACCGAUCCGUCGCCGGCGCUGACAGUCCUCAUGGCGCCGCCUCUGGCCCCGCUCCCUUCCUGGGACCCAAGCAGGGCCGGGCCCGAGUGCAGGAAGCCUGGGGCUGUGAGGUUCGGGGACGUGGCCGUGUACUUCUCCCGGGAGGAGUGGGGCUGUCUGCGGCCCGCGCAGAGGGCCCUGUACCGGGACGUGAUGCGGGAGACCUACAGCCACCUGGGCGCGCUCGGAGUCGGAGGCAGCAAGCCGGCGCUCAUCUCCUGGGUGGAGGAGGAGGCCGAACUGUGGGUUCCGGCUGCCCAGGAUCCGGAGGUGGCUAAGCGUCCGACAGAAGCGGACCCAGCAGAUUCCGGAAACAAGGAAGAAGAAAGACAAAGGGAAGGGACGGGAGCCCUGGAGAAACCCCUCCCUGUGGCCACAGGGCCUCCUGGGCUGAAGACUCCCCAAGCCCCCUUUGGCAGGUUGGAGCUGCCAUCCAAGACGCGUCGCCGGAGUCACCCCCGCUUCUUUGCCCAUCCCCCUGUCCCACGAGCGGACCAGCGUCAUGGCUGCUACGUGUGCGGGAAGAGCUUCGCCUGGCGCUCCACGCUGGUGGAGCACAUCUAUAGCCACAGAGGCGAGAAGCCCUUCUACUGCGCGGACUGCGGCAAGGGCUUCAGCCACGCUUCCUCCCUGAGCAAACACCGGGCCAUCCAUCGUGGGGAGCGGCCCCACCGCUGUCCCGAGUGUGGCCGGGCCUUCCUGCGCCGCACAGCGCUGACUUCGCACCUGCGCAUCCACACAGGGGAGAAACCCUACAGCUGCCUGCAGUGUGGCCGCUGCUUCGGCCUGAAGACAGGCAUGGCCAAGCACCAGUGGGUCCAUCGGCCUGGGGGCGGUGGGCGCAGGGGCCGGCGCCCUGGGGGGCUGUCUGUGACCCUGACCCCUGGCCAUGGGGACCUGGACCCGCCUGUGGGCUUCCAGUUAUACCCAGAGAUAUUCCAGGAGUGUGGGUGACCAGGUGUGAUCUAGACAUUGAGGGAGGCCUGAGAUGGGCUCAGGGGCCCGAAUCUCUGCAGCAGCCUGCAGGGAGGUCCUAGAAUCCCCGUCAAGAGCUGGCUCUGGGGUUCGGACAGUCGCAUCUUGGGCUCUCAGCAGACUCCUCUGCCAGCGGCUUGCUCCCAGCUGCCCCGGGCUCUCGAAGGCCCCCUUUGCUGAGGCAGGGCUGAGGUGAGAACCCCCGAGACCUCUAUAAAGGGAAGCAAAAGCUGUUUCUCAGCCCAGAGAUGCUAACAGGAUUGAGGUAGAGAAGAACCUUGUUUUACCCAUUGUCUUUUUUUUUUCUUUUUUAAUUUUUUGAGAUGGAGUUUCCCUCUUGUUGCCCAGGCUGAAGUGCAAUGGUGUGAUCUCACUGCAACCUCCUCCUGGGUUCAAGCGAUUCUCCCUGCCUCAGCCUCCCGAGUAGCUGGGAUUACAGGCGCCUGCCACUAUGCCCAGGUAAUUUUUUUGUAUUUUUAGUAGAGACGGGGUUUUACCAUGUUGGUCAGGCUGGUCUCAAACUCCUGACCUCAAGUGAUCCACCUGCCUCGGCCUCCCAAAGUGUUGUGAAUACAGGAGUGAGCCAACUCGCCUGGACUUUUCUUAUUCUUUGACCUUCCUAGAACAGAAUACCCAUAGUUUGUUUAUUUUAUUUAUUUUUUUUGAG